AUGUUAACAACGGGUAAUAAUAACAUUGAACAUUUGGACAAUAUUGAAAAACUUCUUAUGCGUUUGCAACAAUAUAAUCUCAAAGUUAAUAAAAGUAAAACUGAAUUUUUUAAAAACAGCGUUGAAUUCUGUGGAUACAAAGUUGAUUGUAACAAGCUUCACAAAACGGAUGUUAAAAUUAAAGCGAUUCGUGACGCACCGAGGCCGGGAAAUGUCAGUCAAGUGAGAUCGUUUAUUGGCAUGGUUAAUUACUAUCAAAGAUUUAUUCCGAAUUUGUCAUCUGUACUGUAUCCUUUAAAUUGUCUGCUCAGGGCUAAUUGCAGAUGGAAGUGGACUAAAUACUGCGAAAAAGCGUUUCUCGAAGCCAAAAAGCUUAUGACCUCGAACACUGUAUUAACUCAUUAUGAUCCUUCAUUAACUUUAAAACUGGCAUGUGAUGCUUCACAGUAUGGUCUCGGGGCGGUAAUGUCUCAUGUAAUGAAAGAUGGUUCCGAACGUCCCAUAGCUUUUUCUUCAAAAUCGCUUACCGAGAAAACAAAGGAAAUAUUCACAAAUAGAGAAAGAGGCCCUUGCAAUUAUUUGGGGAGUCAAAAAGUUCUAUUGUUACGUAUCCCCGCUACAACAGCUGCAAGGUUACUAAGAUAUGCUUUGUUUCUAGCAGGUUUGGACUAUGAAAUUGAAUUCAAACCAACGGCAAAACACUGUAACGCAGAUGGGUUAUUUAGAAUGCCGCUUCAAGCACAAGAGAACGAAACUGAAGACGAUAUUACCGAUGCUACAGUAAACAGCUUUGCCAUUUGUGACUCUCUGCCGAUAACGUGCAAACAGGUUAGAAAUCAAACUUGUUGUGACGCUGAUUUAAUGGAACUAUAUGACUCUGUAAGGAAAGGGUGGUCGUUGUUCCAGUCACAAAAACCCAGUAUCAAGCCCUACUAUUUUCAUAAACGUGAAAUAACGGCACAUGAUGGUUGUUUGAUGUGGGGUUCAAGAGUAAUCAUACCAAAUUCUCUGAGAUCACGUUUGUUAAAAGAAUUGCAUGAUGGUCAUGUUGGAAUUGUGAAAAUGAAAUCUUUGGCUCGAAGUUAUUUCUGGUGGCCAGGAUUAGACAAAGACAUAGAAAAUAUGAAUAAAAAUUGCAAUGACUGCCAUAUGCAGCAAAAUGAACAUUCGAAAGCUCCUCUACACCACUGGGAGUGGCCCCAAGCACCAUGGAACCGAGUCCAUGUAGAUUUUGCCGGGCCAUUCAAGGGGGCGAUGUUUUUAAUAGUAGUAGAUGCAUAUUCAAAAUGGCCGGAAGUUAUUAAAAUGUCGUCAACUAACGCCAAUAGUACUAUCCGUGUCAUAAGAAGUCUUUUUGCUAGAUAUGGUUUACCGGAAUAUCUUGUGAGUGACAAUGGGCCUCAAUUUUCUUCACAUGAAUUUGCGAACUUUUUGAAAGCAAAUGGCAUCAAGCAUAAGAAAUCUGCACCUUAUCAUCCAGCAUCUAACGGCGCUGCCGAACGAUUUGUACAAACGUUCAAGCGCGCUAUGCGCUAA